AUCGGUCGAGGUGGCGAUUGUCGAGCGGUCGAGGUGGCAAUUGUCGAGGUCUCGGCUGUCGUGGUCUCAGCUGAAGAUGUCGGAACUGUACUAGUCUCAGCGGUCGAGGUGGCAAUUGUCGAGGUCUCAGCUGAAGAUGUCGGAACUGUAGUAGUCUCAGCGGUCGAGGUGGCGAUUGUCGAGGUCUCAGCUGAAGAUGUCGGAACUGUACUAGUCUCAGCGGUCGAGGUGGCAAUUGUCGAGGUCUCAGCUGAAGAUGUCGGAACUGUAGUAGUCUCAGCGGUCGAGGUGGCAAUUGUCGAGGUCUCAGCUGUCGUGGUCUCAGCUGAAGAUGUCGGAACUGUACUAGUCUCAGCGGUCGAGGUGGCAAUUGUCGAGGUCUCAGCUGAAGAUGUCGGAACUGUAGUAGUCUCACCGGUCGAGGUGGCAAUUGUCGAGGUCUCGGCUGUCGUGGUCUCAGCUGAAGAUGUCGGAACUGUACUAGUCUCACCGGUCGAGGUGGCAAUUGUCGAGGUCUCAGCUGAAGAUGUCGGAACUGUACUAGUCUCAGCGGUCGAGGUGGCAAUUGUCGAGGUCUCAGCUGAAGAUGUCGGAACUGAAGUAGUCUCAGCGGUCGAGGUGGCAAUUGUCGAGGUCUCGGCUGUCGUUGUCUCAGCUGAAGAUGUCGGAACUGUACUAGUCUCAGCGGUCGAGGUGGCAAUUGUCGAGGUCUCAGCUGAAGAUGUUGGAACUGUACUAGUCUCAGCGGUCGAGGUGGCAAUUGUCGAGGUCUCGGCUGUCGUGGUCUCAGCUGAAGAUGUCGGAACUGUACUAGUCUCAGCGGUCGAGUUGGCAAUUGUCGAGGUCUCAGCUGAAGAUGUUGGAACUGUACUAGUCUCAGCGGUCGAGGUGGCAGUUGUCGAGGUCUCUGCUGUCGUGGUCUCAGCUGCAGAUGUCGGAACUGUACUAGUCUCAGCGGUCGAGGUGGCAAUUGUCGAGGUCUCGGCUGUCGUGGUCUCAGCUGAAGAUGUCGGGACUGUAGUAGUCUCAGCGGUCGAGGUGGCAAUUGUCGAGGUGGCAAUUGUCGAGGUCUCAGCUGAAGAUGUCGGAACUGUAGUAGUCUCAGCGGUCGAGGUGGCGAUUGUCGAGGUCUCAGCUGAAGAUGUUGGAACUGUACUAGUCUCAGCGGUCGAAGUGGCAAUUGUCGAGGUCUCAGCUGAAGAUGUCGGGACUGUAGUAGUCUCAGCGGUCGAGGUGGCAAUUGUCGAGGUCUCUGCUGAAGAUGUCGGAACUGUAGUAGUCUCAGCGGUCGAGGUGGCGAUUGUCGAGGUCUCAGCUGAAGAUGUCGGAACUGUACUAGUCUCAGCGGUCGAGGUGGCAAUUGUCGAGGUCUCAGCUGAAGAUGUCGGAACUGUAGUAGUCUCAGCGGUCGAGGUGGCAAUUGUCGAGGUCUCAGCUGAAGAUGUCGGAACUGUAGUAGUCUCAGCGGUCGAGGUGGCAAUUGUCGAGGUCUCAGCUGAAGAUGUUGGAACUGUACUAGUCUCAGCGGUCGAGGUGGCAAUUGUCGAGGUCUCAGCUGAAGAUGUCGGAACUGUAGUAGUCUCAGCGGUCGAGGUGGCAAUUGUCGAGGUCUCAGCUGAAGAUGUCGGAACUGUAGUAGUCUCAGCGGUCGAGGUGGCAAUUGUCGAGGUCUCAGCUGAAGAUGUCGGAACUGUAGUAGUCUCAGCGGUCGAGGUGGCAAUUGUGGAGGUCUCAGCUGAAGAUGUCGGAACUGUAGUAGUCUCAGCGGUCGAGGUGGCAAUUGUCGAGGUUUCAGCUGAAGAUGUCGGAACUGUAGUAGUCUCAGCGGUCGAGGUGGCGAUUGUCGAGGUCUCAGCUGAAGAUGUCGGGACUGUAGUAGUCUCAGCGGUCGAGGUGGCAAUUGUCGAGGUCUCGGCUGUCGUGGUCUCAGCUGAAGAUGUCGGAACUGUACUAGUCUCAGCGGUCGAGGUGGCGAUUGUCGAGGUCUCAGCUGAAGAUGUCGGAACUGUAGUAGUCUCAGCGGUCGAGGUGGCGAUUGUCGAGGUCUCAGCUGAAGAUGUCGGGACUGUACUAGUCUCAGCGGUCGAGGUGGCGAUUGUCGAGGUCUCAGCUGAAGAUGUCGGGACUGUAGUAGUCUCAGCGGUCGAGGUGGCAAUUGUCGAGGUCUCAGCUGAAGAUGUCGGAACUGUACUAGUCUCAGCGGUCGAGGUGGCAAUUGUCGAGGUCUCAGCUGAAGAUGUCGGAACUGUAGUAGUCUCAGCGGUCGAGGUGGCAAUUGUCGAGGUCUCAGCUGAAGAUGUCGGAACUGAAGUAGUCUCAGCGGUCGAGGUGGCAAUUGUCGAGGUCUCAGCUGAAGAUGUCGGGACUGUAGUAGUCUCAGCGGUCGAGGUGGCAAUUGUCGAGGUCUCAGCUGAAGAUGUCGGAACUGAAGUAGUCUCAGCGGUCGAGGUGGCAAUUGUCGAGGUCUCAGCUGAAGAUGUCGGAACUGUACUAGUCUCAGCGGUCGAGGUGGCAAUUGUCGAGGUCUCGGCUGUCGUGGUCUCAGCUGAAGAUGUCGGAACUGUACUAGUCUCAGCGGUCGAGUUGGCAAUUGUCGAGGUCUCAGCUGAAGAUGUUGGAACUGUACUAGUCUCAGCGGUCGAGGUGGCAAUUGUCGAGGUCUCGGCUGUCGUGGUCUCAGCUGAAGAUGUCGGAACUGUACUAGUCUCAGAGGUCGAGGUGGCAAUUGUCGAGGUCUCAGCUGAAGAUGUCGGGACUGUAGUAGUCUCAGCGGUCGAGGUGGCAAUUGUCGAGGUCUCGGCUGUCGUGGUCUCAGCUGAAGAUGUCGGAACUGAAGUAGUCUCAGCGGUCGAGUUGGCAAUUGUCGAGGUCUCAGCUGAAGAUGUUGGAACUGUACUAGUCUCAGCGGUCGAGGUGGCAAUUGUCGAGGUCUCGGCUGUCGUCGUCUCAGCUGAAGAUGUCGGAACUGUACUAGUCUCAGCGGUCGAGGUGGCAAUUGUCGAGGUCUCAGCUGAAGAUGUUGGAACUGUAGUAGUCUCAGCGGUCGAGGUGGCAAUUGUCGAGGUCUCAGCUGUCGUGGUCUCAGCUGAAGAUGUCGGAACUGUAGUAGUCUCAGCGGUCGAGGUGGCAAUUGUCGAGGUCUCAGCUGAAGAUGUCGGAACUGUACUAGUCUCAGCGGUCGAGGUGGCAAUUGUCGAGGUCUCAGCUGAAGAUGUCGGGACUGUAGUAGUCUCAGCGGUCGAGGUGGCAAUUGUCGAGGUCUCAGCUGAAGAUGUUGGAACUGUAGUAGUCUCAGCGGUCGAGGUGGCAAUUGUCGAGGUCUCAGCUGAAGAUGUCGGGACUGUAGUAAUCUCAGCGGUCGAGGAGGCAAUUGUCGAGGUCUCAGCUGAAGAUGUCGGAACUGUAGUAGUCUCAGCGGUCGAGGUGGCGAUUGUCGAGGUCUCAGCUGAAGAUGUCGGGACUGUAGUAGUCUCAGCGGUCGAGGUGGCAAUUGUCGAGGUCUCAGCUGAAGAUGUCGGAACUGUAGUAGUCUCAGCGGUUGAGGUGGCAAUUGUCGAGGUCUCAGCUGAAGAUGUCGGAACUGUACGGUCGAGGUGGCAAUUGUCGAGGUCUCAGCUGAAGAUGUCGGAACUGUAG